CCAGUGCAUCAGAUGAUAGCGGCAGAGCAGCACCACAGCCGUGCUACUCUUUAGUGAAAAGUUAGGAUACACUUAUCAUUGCUAACUGAGUUGCACCUGUUUUAUCAUCGACAAAAUCUGGAGGAGACUAAACCUAUUAUUGAUGUUUUUUUGUUCUCUGACCAGAAACCCUCCUUUUUGAUUUAUUCGUAGCAGACUUCUGACUUCUGCUCCUCGGCGUCAAAGCUUUUCUCUCCUCAAGGAUUUAUACCACGCAGGCAGAAUAUCAAGGUGUUUCACGGGGCUACUCCAAUCACAUUUCUCUCUGCGGGCUUUGGGGAUUGCACAGAGACCAUUAAGGAUCCGGAUUUGUCCUCACAGCCAGGAUGAUGAUCUGUUGCCUCCAAACUCUGCUGUUGUUGGGGGCUCAGCUGGUUUUCUCAAUCCCAAACAGCUUCUUCUACCAUGAUUUCCUCAAUGGAAAUGGCAACAAAGAAAUUCAUUUCAGUGGCGUAAAGCUCCAUGUGGACUCUGCUCAGCCAUCAGUGUUUGCAGUCACAGGGGGUAAUGCCACCAUGCCAUGCAGGUUUUGGUAUGAGCCUGAGUUGAGCUCGCCAAGGGACGUCCGGGUCAAGUGGUCCUGGCUCCCGACUGCUGCUGGGGGACAGGAGACAGACGUGCUGGUGACUAUCGGCUCCCGCAGUAAAACUUUUGGGGACUUCAGGGGUCGUGUGCAGCUCAGACAGGAUUUCCCAGGAGAUGCUGCACUUGUGAUGACUAAACUCCUGUUGAAUGAUACAGGCCGUUACCACUGCGAGGUGGUGGAUGGACUGGAGGACAAGAGCACUUCAGUUUAUCUGGAGUUACAAGGUGUGGUGUUUCCCUACCAGCACCCUCGUGGUCAUUACCAUCUCAGCUUCCUGGGAGCCCAGCGGGCCUGUGAGGAGCAGGGCUCGAUCCUGGCCACCUUCACACAGCUCUUCCAGUCCUGGAAGGAGGGCCUGAACUGGUGCAAUGCAGGCUGGCUGGCUGACGGGACAGUCCAGUACCCCAUCACCCAGCCCAGAGUGCCCUGCGGGGGGCACGGCCUCGCCCCGGGUGUUCGGAGCUACGGCAGACGACACCUUCACCUUCAUCGCUACGAUGUCUUCUGCUUCUCCUCUUCACUCCGAGGGAAAGUCUACUAUCUUAAGCCCUCUCACAAGAUGAACCUGACUGAGGCUCAGCAGGCGUGUCAGGAGGACGGAGCAGAGGUCGCCAAAGUCGGACAGCUCUACGCCGCCUGGAAACUCACAGGGUUGGACAGCUGUGACGCUGGCUGGCUGGCUGAUGGUAGUGUUCGGUAUCCCAUCACAAGGCCACGAAGAAACUGUGGUCCCUCUGAGCCCGGGGUGCGCAGCUUUGGCUUCCCACCUCCCCAGCACAAGCAUGGAGUCUACUGCUACAAAGCAGGUGAUGAAUGAAUGAAUGAAUGUAGAUCCCCCUCUUCUCUGGGGUCAGAAAUGUAAAGUUGGCACGGGUUUCUUGAAAAUAUGUUUCCUUAUGAGCAAGCUGCUUCAUUAGUACUGUGUAAACCCUGGAAACCUAUAGAGUGACAAUAGAGAUCUGAGGGGUCCUGAGAUGAUUAACAGAAGAGGAAAGCAGCCAAAAAAGCUUUUACACUAAGCAAAAUUAUAUUUACUUUUUCAGACAUUCCUCUAUUUUUUUCUUGUGAUGUACUGGAUCAUUUUAUAUCCUCAUGCUUCUAAAACUUUUCUUCUAAUAUUCUCUUUUUGUACAUGUGAGCAAAGCCUUUACUUUACUAUGAUGUCUCAGUUAUUGCUAAAGCUUUAAUAAUAUUAAAGCUAUUGAAAUUAUUCUAUUCGCUGAUGAAGGCCAAGACAUUUGAUUCAGAAAAAGUUGGACAUUGAGUUAAGAUUUGUUUCUCAGUUCUACUUUAUGACCAUGUAACUCAGGUGAUUUUCACAUCUCUUAAUUUUUACAUCAUUGGAAAUAAAAACUUAUUAAAAAUAAAAACUUAUUUUUGUAUAACAAAUGCUUUUCCUAACCAUUAAAAUUGUACAGAAGA